AGGGGGCGGGGCCCGGCGCGGCUCAACGGGGGCGGCGGGGGAAGCUCAGCCCAGAGCGCCCUGGCUCACACAGUCACACCUGGUCCCACCAAGGUCCCCUCCAGCUCUGGGGUGCCCCGCUCAUCCCCCGGAGCUGCCCCGGCUCCUGGAGGGCAGCCCCAUCGCCGCCCAGGCUGGCUGACACCAGACCCCAAACCCCGCUCCGGCCUUCGCCUUCCCGUGACCGUAACGCUUUCCUUCCAGCCCCUGUGCUGUGGGACCUUCAGCUCCGUGCGCGUGAGGCAGGAGGGGAGGCCCCGCGGGCUGACAGCAGCGUGCUGCGCCGAGCCGGGCACCGACGGCGACAGCCUGAAACCUUGCAAGUGGCGUGGGAGGAGGCCCGAGUCCUAAAAAUACCAUCGCUGGUGAGCGCCGGGGAGGGAGCUGCGCCUCGGGGGCACCCGCUGCUCAGCACCUCGCCUUUCGGGGCUCUGCUGCGGGUCCCCGUGCUCGAGCAGGACUCCUCCGCUGGCUCUGCCAUCCUGGGAGAGAUGGGGAAGGGCUACAAGGUGGUGGUGUGCGGCAUGGCGUCGGUGGGAAAAACCGCGAUUUUGGAGCAGCUUCUCUAUGGAAAGCAUACCGUGGGUUUAGAAGAGGGUGCCACAAUGGAAGACGUGUACUUGGCGUCCGUGGAGACAGACCGAGGCGUUAAGGAACAGUUACGGCUUUAUGACACCAGGGGUCUGCAGGAGGGCGUAGAGUUGCCAAAGCACUACUUCUCUGUCGCUGAUGGCUUCGUUCUCGUGUAUGCCGUGACCAGCCUCGAAGCCUUCCAGAGAGUUGAACUGCUCAAAAAAGAGAUCGAUGUCUUUAGAGAUAAAAAGGAGGUAACAGUUAUCGUCUUGGGAAACAAAACCGACCUGCUGGAGCAAAGACAAGUGGAAACAGAAGCGGCACAGCAAUGGGCCAGGGCUGAGAAAGUGAGACUGUGGGAAGUGACUGUGACAGACCGGAAAACGCUGCUUGAGCCCUUCACCUUCUUAGCCAGCAAGCUCUCCCAGUCCCAGAACAAAUCAACGUUCCCCUUGCCUGGAAGGAAGAGCAAAGGGAAUAACUGUGAUAACUAAGCUACCUUUAAGCUACCUGUCUGCUGCUGCUGCCAGGUGACAGCCUAAAUCCUAUCUCUGCCUUUAGCUUCACAUGGUUUCACUUAAAGCAAUAAUCUCAUUCAGCAAUAAAAUCAGCAAGCUUAUGGCUAA